GCGCUGCGUAUUCGCUUCAGUUGCCUUCUUCGCGUCGCUCCCAGCUCCCGGCUUGAUUCCAGACGCAGCAAAAUCAUAAAAGUCACAUUUUGAAACUUUCACGAUGAGGGAAAUUGUGCAUCUGCAGGCUGGACAAUGUGGUAAUCAAGUUGGUGCCAAGUUUUGGGAAGUCAUCUCCGAGGAGCACGGCAUCGAUCCGAGCGGAAUGUACAUGGGUCAAAGCGAUCUGCAAUUGGAGCGCAUCAAUGUCUACUACAAUGAAGCCUCAGUUGCUUCGCAGCACAGUGGAGGAAAAUACGUCCCUCGUGCCAUUUUAUUGGACCUUGAACCCGGGACCAUGGACGCCGUGCGUUCUGGUACCUACGGAAGACUUUUCCGUCCGGAUAACUUCGUUUUCGGCCAAUCAGGCGCUGGUAACAACUGGGCCAAAGGCCAUUACACCGAAGGAGCUGAAUUAGUCGAUGCGGUACUUGAUGUUGUCCGCAAGGAAGCAGAAAACUGCGAUUGUCUCCAAGGUUUCCAACUUACCCACUCCCUGGGUGGGGGUACCGGUUCCGGAAUGGGUACCUUAUUGAUUUCUAAAAUCCGUGAGGAAUACCCCGAUAGGAUUAUGAACACCUAUUCAGUAAUGCCGAGUCCAAAGGUGUCUGACACUGUCGUGGAACCCUAUAAUGCUACACUCUCAGUGCAUCAACUCGUCGAGAACACCGACGAGACCUACUGCAUUGAUAACGAGGCGUUGUACGAUAUCUGCUUCCGCACGUUGAAGGUCCCCAACCCUAGCUAUGGCGACCUCAACCAUUUGGUAUCGCUGACCAUGUCCGGUGUGACGACCUGCCUCCGCUUCCCGGGCCAGCUCAACGCUGACCUUCGCAAACUCGCUGUUAAUAUGGUCCCAUUCCCGCGGCUGCACUUUUUCAUGCCUGGGUUUGCUCCGUUGACAUCUCGUGGCAGUCAACAGUAUCGUGCGCUUACUGUACCAGAGCUUACACAGCAAAUGUUUGAUGCUAAGAAUAUGAUGGCGGCGUGUGAUCCGCGACACGGGCGCUAUCUGACGGUAGCGGCUGUAUUCAGAGGACGUAUGUCAAUGAAGGAAGUUGAUGAACAGAUGUUGGCUGUUCAGAAUAAAAACAGCAGUUAUUUUGUUGAAUGGAUCCCGAAUAACGUCAAGACUGCUGUGUGUGACAUCCCGCCUGUGGGUUUGAAGAUGUCUUCGACUUUCAUUGGUAACACCACAGCAAUUCAGGAGUUAUUCAAGCGAAUUUCCGAACAAUUCGCCGCCAUGUUUAGACGUAAAGCUUUCUUGCAUUGGUACACUGGUGAAGGCAUGGAUGAAAUGGAAUUCACCGAGGCUGAGUCCAACAUGAAUGAUUUAGUUUCUGAAUAUCAGCAGUACCAAGAGGCCACUGCUGAUGAAGAGUACGAGGCUGAAGAGGAACCCGCCGCUGAUGAUUUUAACUGUUAGAUUUACUAUUCGAAAAUAUGUCGUUUAAACCAUUUUAUAGAGUGUCAUGGACUAGUCUAUUAUCAUCACUGUCUCACUUAUUAAUUUGUAGUUUCAUUUUUUUAAUCUCUGCCAAAGCAUGUCUUAUUUAUUUGAUUUUAUUCUUAGUUGUAUGUGUUAUUUUAAGCCUUUGGUUUUUUGUGUCUAGUUUUUUAUGUGUCAGUAAUUAUCAUUAUUAUUUUACGCAUUUAGAAUAUUUUUAAACGUUUUCAAACAUUUUUGUAUCGUUCAGAACUUAGACUGAUUUUUCUACGUUACUUUUGCGGACAAGAUUUAUUGUGUACGUUGUACGAUAAACUUGAUUAUUGAGUUUGUGUCAACAAUAAAUUUUGAUAAAAUUA